AUGUCGCCUAUUCGUCUCCCACCCCCGGUAGUCAUACCAGAGUCACAGAGCACAGUCGAUGUCUACAUCAUCGAUACAACCAGCUUCAUGAGCGGCUUCCCCGCCUCAACGUUCGUGGAACCCCUCGUUCCUGGCUUUGACACUAUCAACGUCGGUUCAUAUGCCUUUCUCAUCAAACACAAUGGCUCCAAGCCAUCAAAAUACGACACUGUCGUUUUUGACCUAGGCGUCCGAAAAGACUGGGAAAACCUACCCGAAACCUUUGUCGCAGGUAUCAAGGGAAGUGGCUGCAACAUAAACGUCGAAACAGACGUUGCCUCGAUCCUGCGCGAUAAUGGACAGGACUUGAAUAGCGUUGGAGGUAUUAUCUGGUCGCACUGGCAUUUCGAUCAUGCUGGCGAUCCGCAAACAUUUCCUUCCUCCACAGAUCUGAUUGUCGGUCCAGGCUUCAAGCAAGGCGUAAUGCCGGGCUGGCCGACCGCCAAAGACUCGCAUGUAAAUGAAACUGCUUGGCAAGGCCGUGAGUUGGUCGAGAUUGACUUUAGUGGUGAGGCGGGGCUCGAUAUUGGUAAAUUCCAGGCCUAUGACUUUUACGACGAUGGAAGUUUUUACCUCUUGAGCUCGCCAGGCCAUGCAGUUGGACACAUGUCAGCUCUCGCUCGCACGACAGCAAACCCACCAUCAUUCAUGCUUUUGGGCGGUGACAUUGCCCAUCACUGCGGCGAAUUCAGACCCUCCCCUUACACACCCCUACCUGAGAUGAUCUCACCCAACCCUCUUGGCCAUACCCUCUCAGCGUGUCCCGGCAGGCUCUUCCUCUCCAUCCAUCCCUGGAAGGACCCAGAGAGACCAUUUUUCGACCCCACAACGGAGCCGGGAUGGCACCUCGAGGCGAGUAUUGCAAAGGAGAGCAUUGACAAGCUGGUCGAAGCGGAUGCAUACGACAAUAUCUUCCCCGUAAUGGCGCAUGAUAUGACGCUUGGGGACACGGUGGACCUCUAUCCUAAGAAGGCUAAUGACUGGAUGUCGAAGCGGUGGAAGGAAGAGACGAGGUGGGGUUUCUGUGGCGAGUUCACGCCUUUGGAUGGGGAGACUGGCGCAAAGAAGGGUAACCCAGCUGCACCCGAGGGACAUCACGAGGUAAGAGAUUCUGCACAAGAUCCCAAGGUAGCCUCGAUUGUGCACAUGGAGUAUACGGACGCCGAUAAAAAGGCGAUGCUUCACGACCUUACAUUGAAGUAA